AUGGAGAAUUGUGCUAAAGUGCUUCAGGGUACUGCUCAAUUCUUUGAUUCUAAACCUUUGAUCAUCAAGCAAUGGUCACCUGGUAUGGCUUUGACCAAAGAAACAGUGAAAACUAUCCCAAUCUGGAUUAAACUACCUGGUUUGGAGGUAAAAUAUUGGGGAGAGAAGAGCCUAAACAAGAUUGAUGGCCUGGUAGGAUUAGUGAUCAAAGUUGACCAAGCCACUCUUAAAAGGGACAAGUUGAUGUUUGCUAGAGUCCUAGUUGAGGUUGAGAUUGCUCAAACCUUUCCUACUAACAUCCUAUUCAUGAAUGAGAAGGGUGUUCUGCUAGAACAACAGGUAGACUAUGAUUGGCUUCCCAUAACUUGUACCAAGUGUAAGGGCAUGGGUCACUCAUCUGAUAAAUGUGUAGCUAAUGUAAAGAAGCAAGUGGUAAAAAAGGUUUGGGUUCCAAAGCAACAGACUGCUCCACCAACUGUUGCUACAGCUGCUUCAACACCUGUUCUUGAGGCACGGGAUGAGGGAUUUAUUCAAGCCACGGGAUUCAGUAGGCAAAUAUGCCAUGAGCUAAGGCCAGUUCAAACCAGAAACAGUUUCACAGUACUUCAUGGAUUGGAUAACUUAGAUGAGGUGGUUUCAACUGGCAUUGUGAUGAGAGAAAGUGGGGGUGCAUUAGGGUGGUGCUUUACUACCAACCUCAGCCAGCAUAAAAAUGGAAGAAUAGUGGUUGGAUGGGACCCUAUUUCCUUUGAUGUUGAUGUUAAGUUCAUGAGCUCUCAAAUGGUGCAUUGCUUUGUUACUUCUAAACCUGCUGGUCACACCUUUUGGUGCAGUUUCAUUUAUGGACAUUCUGAUAAGAAAGAUAGGGAGGCUCUCUGGCAGGACCUCUCCCACUUAGCUACCUCAAUUUCUAUGGCUUGGGUGAUCAUGGGAGAUUUCAAUGCCAUCAUGGCUAUUGAAGAUAGGGUGGGCUCUCCUGUUAAAUGGGGGGAAAUACGACCAAUGAGAUCAUGCAUGUCUUCUUGCAACCUUGCUGAAGUUAAUACCAUGGGGAGACAUUUCACUUGGACAAAUAAGCAGGAUGGUGCAGCUAGAGUUUUCACUAGGAUUGAUAGGGUCCUAGCCAACUCACAAUGGGAAGAUAUUUUCACUACUUCUGAAGCUACUUAUUUGCCAGAAGAGGAGUUUGAUCAUUGUCCAAUGCUCAUGAGCUGUUAUAGAGUGGCACACCAGAAAAAACAUUUCAGAUUCUAUAAUAUGUGGGUUACUUCUGAGCAUUUCAUUCCCACAAUACAGGCAAACUGGAGCAAGCCAGUCCAUGGUUGUCACAUGUUUAGGGUUGUUCAGAGACUAAAGUGGAUUAAGACUGACUUGAAACUGCUCAACAAAAAUGGUUUCAGCUCAGUUGAGGCUGCUGAUAUCAAAACACACAAUGAUCUUGUUCUUGCACAGAAUGCUCUGCAUGCUGCCCCUAUGGACAGUGUUCUAGCCUUAGUGGAGAAAGCUGCAAAUGAGGCCUGCAGAACUGCUCAUCACAACUAUCUAUCUUUCCUUCAGCAAACAGCCAAGCUGCAAUGA